AUGGCUUAUCACUCAUUGUUUUUUUCGUUUGUUAUCCUUGUUAUCUCAGCAUUACCUCCUUGUUAUGUCCAAAGUAUAAGCUCAAUUGAAACUGAAAGGAUAGCCCUUCUCAGCAUCAAAGCAAGCAUUCAGCAGAGUAACAACCAAAACUUGUUUUUCUCUUCUUGGACUGGCCAUGACUAUUGCACAUGGAAAGGAGUGAGCUGCAACCAUGAAUCCAAGCAUGUCAUCAAACUUGAUCUCCACCAGUACCCUUCUGAUCGCUAUUAUGAUUAUUCCGCGCCAGCAAGUAAGUUGAACUCUUCUCUGAUUCAACUUCACCAUUUAAAGCACUUGGAUUUGAGCCUAAAUAAUUUCAAUGACUCCCACAUCCCAGACUUCAUUGGUUCUCUUGCCAACCUUGAAUACCUUAACCUCACUAAUACAGGAUUCAUUGGAAUCAUUCCUUAUGCCUUUGGAAACCUAUCAUGCUUGCAAUAUCUUGAUCUUAGCUCAAGUUAUUUGCCUAUUCUACAAGCUAAUGGCCUCCACUGGCUCUCUGGAAUGAGUUCUUUACAGCAUCUUGACAUGAGUGGUGUGGACCUCUCAAAAGUCCAUGGUUGGCUUCAUGACAUUAAUAUGCUCCCUUCUCUACUUGUUUUGAAACUCUCUGAUGCUCAACUCCAACCUACUGAUAUUCAUGAUGCUACUCUGCUUCGUCAUCUCAACUUCACAUCUCUUCGCGUGCUUGAUCUCUCUCAGAAUCAUGACCUGCACAUCACUCUGCCUCAAUGGUUGUUCAAUCUCACUAGCCUUGUUUAUCUUGAUCUUUCUGCUUGUUUUCUCUAUGGCAAGUUACCUGUCAUUAUUGGUAGCUUGAGUGGCUUGAGAGUCUUGAGCUUAUCAGAGAACCAUCUUGGUGGAGCAUUUCCAGAGUCCUUGGGAAAUCUUGGUAGCUUGGAGAGACUUGAUUUGUCACAAAAUGAACUCAAUGGAAGCAUUCCAGAAUCUCUGAGCAAUCUUACGAAUUUAUUGCACUUUGAUUUGUCUUAUAAUAGGAUUGGAAAGUUGCCCAAGAGCAUAGGGAGGCUGCAGAAGUUGCAGAAGUUUAAUUUGUCCAGUAACCAAGUUCAGGGAUGGAUGCCUGCAAGCAUUGGUGAUCUACAAAGCCUGCAAUACUUGGAUUUUUCAAUGAAUAUGAUCACUGGAGCAAUUCCUGAAUCCUUCGGCAAUCUCACACUUUUGCAACAUUUUGAUGGGUCUGGAGGUAACAAUCUCAGUGGCAAAUUGCCCGAAGCUAUAGGGAAUCUUGUUCGCCUUCAGUUUCUAGAUUUGUCCGAAAAUUCGAUAAGUAGAAAGUUACCGGAGAGUCUUGGAAAUCUUAGCCAAUUGCAGCAGUUCAAAAUGCAGGGCAAUGGCAUCACGGGGGGAUUACCAGAAUCUAUAGGCAAGCUCUCUAGCUUGGGGGAGCUUGAUUUAUCCAAUAACAACAUCAAUGGAACAUUGCCAAAAGGCAUGGGAAACUUAUGCAAGUUGCAGUGCUUGAAUUUUGCUAGAAAUUCUAUCAGUGGAGGCAUUGAUGAUCUUGUGGAUGGAUUGUCUAAAUGCAGGGAGAACAAGAAUGGUUCUGCUUCAAAAAGUAGAGAGGGUCUCAAAAUAUUGAGUCUGCUGGGCAACAAGCUGAAUGGAACAAUUCCAGAGCGCAUAGGCCAAUUAUCUAAACUGAAUGCACUGCAUCUUGCUGCAAAUUCUUUGGUGGGUGUCUUAACUGAAUCUCAUUUUGCUAAUCUAGUAAACUUGGAAGUAUUGCACUUCUCCUACAACUCGUUGCAAUUGAAUAUAAGUGAGAAUUGGAAGCCUCCUUUUGAAUGCAUUUUCAUCGCCAUGACUUCUUGCAAAGUAGGCCCCACUUUUCCCACUUGGCUUAAAACUCAAAUGCGAUUGAAUCUUCUUUGCUUAUCAAAUGCUGGAGUUUCAGGUAAUAUCCCUGGAUGGUUUUGGAAUCUAAGUAACUUUCCUGGGUUUUUUCUGAAUCUAUCAAAUAACAAUUUGGAGGGGAGGCUACCAACUUCUUUGAAAAAUCACCGUUUCAAUAUCAUUGAUUUGAGUUCAAACAAAUUUGAAGGCCCAUUACCUGAGCUUGAUCCCACUGCAUUGUUUGUCAUCGAUCUCAGUAACAACUCAUUCUCUGGGUCUAUUCCUUCUUACUUUGCAGCUGCUACACUCAUUCAAGUUUUCUCUUUAUCCGAUAAUCAUAUCAGUGGCAACAUUCCAUCGUUCUUCUGUAACCUUACUAGCAUGACGUUGUUUGAUGUGUCUAAUAAUGAUAUGUCUGGAGAACUUCCCAAUUGCAGGAAUUUAACAUCAGCAUUGGAAAUUAUUGAUUUAUCUGACAAUAAUUUUGUUGGCAAAAUUCCAGAUGGCCUUGUGUCUUUUACCAAUCUCCGAUCCUUACAUUUGAGGAACAAUGGCUUCUCUGGAAAUCUCCCCUUGUCCUUGAAAAUGGCCAACAAGUUGGUCAUUCUUGACAUUGGUGAAAACAAACUCUCAGGUAGCAUACCAACGUGGAUCGGAGAUAGCCUUUCAUCUUUAAUAGUGCUUUGCUUGAGAUCAAAUUUAUUUGAAGGCGUCAUCCCAAAGCAAUUAUCAAAACUCUCUUCUCUUCAAAUCCUCGACCUUGCACACAACAACCUAUCAGGUUGCAUUCCUCAUUCUUUUGGAGAUUUCAAAGCCAUGGUAGUCACAAAUUACAACAAAUGGUGGUCUUUGUUCUUCCUUACAAGUAGAGGUAAGGCUUUCUCAGGACCAAUUUCAUGGACCAAUACAUUUAUGCACUUGGAAUCUCUCUUGAUAAAUGCAAAGGGCCUACAAAUGGAUUACUCCAUGGUUCUAUCACUAGUCACAAUGAUAGACUUAUCAAAGAACAAGCUUUCCUGUGAGUUGCCUGAAGAACUGACCAAACUGCAUGGGUUGCAUUUCUUGAAUCUUUCUCACAACCUUUUCACUGGAAAGAUACCAGAAAGCAUCAGUGACAUGGAACAACUGGAGUCACUUGACCUAUCAAUCAAUAACUUUUCUGGUGUCAUUCCUCCAAGCAUAUCUGCUCUGAAUUUUCUCAGUCAUCUGAACUUGUCACACAAUAAGUUGUCAGGGAAAAUUCCAUCAGGCAAUCAACUUCAGACUUUAGAUGCAUCGGGUUUCUUUUACAAUGAUGGUCUUUGUGGAUUUCCUCUAAGUGAUUGCACUAAUGAGACUCCUUCUCUUGGGUCUUUAGAUGGAGGACAUCAAGAUGGAAACCGAGAAUGGUUUGAUAACUUGUGGCUUUAUAUAGGCCUUGCAUCAGGAUUCAUUGUUGGCUUUUGGAUGUUCAUUUCGUUCAUCAUGAUCAAAAAAUCAAGAAGAAUAUCUUAUUUCCAAUCCAUAGACAGGGUUAAUGAUUGGAUUUACGUGAAGUUGGUGCUACAGUCCAAGAGACUGAAAUUAAUACUUACAAGGAGGAACUAAGGCCAGACAUGUUCACAAGGCAGCAAUCCUCUGUUACAUGUCCCUCUUUUUUGCUCUUGCUGCUACUCAUUCACUCCAUGGAUGAGUACUAAUCGAGGCUUCUAUGUUGAGGCUUUAAUAACCCUUUGGUUGAUUGGAAGGAUUGGAAGCAUUGCUUAAGCCAAUCUAUUGAAUUUACUAAUAGCUCUCAUGGAUUUUAGAUGCUAAAAAAGUUAUCAUGCCCAUCCUAAAAUUUGCUUGUGAAUCAACUUUCAUCUGUGUAAUUUACCCAAAUUUAACUUCAUCUGCAGUUAUGAGGUGUUUUCAAAUCCAGGAGUCUACAUUGAAUGGAAACUUUCUAGCUAAUGCUGUAAAUUUAGAUGUAAAAAUUUGGCAAAUGCAUCUUAUGAGAACUCAGUAUUCUCCAUGGAGAACAUCAAUCACUUUGGGUGGUUUCAUUUUAAGUGCCAACCAGUAAU